CAGGCGCUGCCAUUUGUUGUCGUUUGCCUCGUCCCUCUCCUGGUGUCCGGGCUCUCCAGAGUCCAUAUCCUGGUUGGUUUUUAGUUUAGUGCCAGAGCCCCCAGACAGAGGCUCCACUGUACUUGCGCUGGUGGUGGAUGCUGUGCGUCCGCGCGGAGGACGCCCUGGCCGCCGCUGCGGCCGUGGCCAUGGCGUCCGACAAGAUGCGCUCCUCCGUGACCCUGGGCGGCUCGAUCCAGAGGGCGAUGCAGAGGAUGGGCGGCGGCGGCGGCGGCGGCAGGAGAUCGGCCGGCUCCUCGUGCGCGCUGCCGCAGCGCGCGCCUCGUCUGGCGGCGGGAAGCGGCGACGCGUCGGCGUCGGCGAGCUGCUCCGGGGCGCAAGAAUUUCCCGUAUUCUGAAUGCGGCACUGUUUUGCGCAUUCCGCAUUGGGCUGAGCACGCCGCCAGCUUCAGGGACACAAGCUGUCUGCUCCCUCGCGUGCUAAAAAUGCGAGGGGCCCCAGACGAAAUGUCACUUUCCCCUUGAUGUUCUUCACAUGUCUCACUGGAAAAAUUCGGGCAACCUUUUUUGUUGUUGCUAAAUUCGGGCAAUUUUGUUCCUUUCUUGCCUCUUGGACUGUUUUCAGGUGAUUUGAGAACCUGAUAUUGCUGUGGUGUUUUUUAAUAGGAUGAUAGCAGCAAUGGUGGCGGCAACAGGGAAGGGAUCCAGAGGGGCGGCACAAGGCGGUACAGAUCGCAGCUCGAGCAGGAAGUCAGGAAUUUGCAGAGGCAACUCCAAGAAGAGAUCGACAUGCAUCUGGCAUUGACAGAUGCCAUCGCAUGUAAUGCCGAAGUGAUAUUGAAGUCUUCUACAAAGCUACCAAACAAGGCUCAGGAGCUCAUAAUUAGCAUAUCAUCCUUGGAGAUUACUGUCUCAAAGCUUGAGAAGGAUCUAAAUGACUUGCGCUACCAGCUCUCUCAUGUAAGGAAUGAAAGGCUACUUGUAGAAAAUUUUCCUGAAUACAUACUAUCUACGCCAUCAACUAGUAAAUGCACAUGGGAUGAACACAUAUCAACAUUAAGAGAUUUUAAGUUGGGGGAAUAUGAACCAAUUCAGGCAAUGCAAGAAUAUUUAUUCCCUGAACUUGAAGACCAACAAGACGUUGAAAAGGGGAGUAAAGAUACGGAGAUGGUCUGUCCAUAUAGGCUGCUAGAAGAGCCCCAAGAUGUCCAUUUAAAUACAUUGUUGGAAGAACGACAAGAUGAAGAGAUGCAAGAGACAGGCUCUAUGGAGAAAGAUGACAAAGAAGAUCAAGGAAUAGAUGCAUCAUCAUUUAGCCAAUUGGAUCUGAAGAAACACAGCAUGAAGGGAAAUAUGUGGAAGAAUCCAAAUCAGCUCUCUGAAGAUAUGGUGCACUGCAUGAGGGAUAUAUUCCUACAUUUAUCCGAGUCAUCCAAGAUAUCACCAAAGAUAUCUUCUGAUAAUUUAUCUUCAUCAGCAGAAUAUCUAUCUGGCUCUACAUUUACGUCUGUGUCAGAUUCAUCUUUAAUGGCCUCAGUGUUGCGGAGCCCUUCGGUUGAUUCAGGUCAUGAUGAUGAUGAUGUUAUUGAUGAAGCAGAAAACUUUGAUCCAUACAGUGUUAAUGGGGAAGCCCGAAGAGACAUUGGAAAGUAUUGUUCAGUAACUGAAGUAUCUUGGAUGCAUGUUGGCAAGGGACAACUUGACUAUGCGUCGGAUGCUCUCAAGAAGUUCAGGGCCCUUGUGGAGCAACUAUCAAAGGUUGAUCCUACUUGUAUGAACUGUGAUGAGCGGUUAGCAUUUUGGAUUAACCUGUACAAUGCCUUAAUAAUGCAUGCAUAUUUAGCAUACGGGGUUCCUGGGAAUGACAUUAAGCUUUUCUCGCUGAUGCAAAAGGCCUGUUACAUGGUUGGUGGACAGUCCUUCAGUGCAGCUGAAAUAGAGUUUGUGAUUCUAAAGAUGAAGUCUCCUGCACACCGACCACAAAUUUCUUUGAUGCUAGCCCUUCACAAGUUCAGAAUUACCGAGGAGCACAAGAAAUACUCAAUAGAUGACACCGAGCCCCUGGUGUUGUUUGCGCUUAGCAGUGGAAUGUUCUCUUCACCUGCUGUCAAGAUUUUCUCUGCCACAAAUGUCCGGCAAGAGCUUCAAGAAUCAAUGAGAGACUACAUCCGAGCAUCUGUUGGUAUCAAUGACAAAGGAAAGCUCGUAGUCCCAACGUUAUUGCAGAGCUACGCCAAGGGCACUGUGGUGGACUCUCUGCUUGCCGACUGGAUAUGCCGUCAGCUGACACCGGACCAGGUCGCAGCAAUCCAAGACACCACGUCAUCACGGAAGCAGCGGCUUCUCGGAGUGCGCAGCUUUAGCGUCAUCCCAUUCGACUCAAAAUUCCGGUACCUUUUCUUGCCUGACAAACAUUAGGUAGAUCCCAGACCUGAAGAGAAACCAGGAGUGGGCAUUUUGACACACUGGGAAAUGGAAAUAUUAGUUGUACAUUUUGUAGGUAAACGAUUAUUUUUUCCUCUGUAAAGUCCGUUAGUCUAUUUGUAUCUUUUGUACUAAAAGGGAUUGUGUGUAAGGGGUUGGCCUCCUUUUAGCAUAGCUUGUAACGUCACGAUGAUGUGGCCAUAAAAACAGUUUUGUUUCUGGAUGUCUGCGGUCUAGUCCAUUCGAUUCUAAAUUGUUGUCGAAAUAUUACAUGUAUCUAGACGCUUUUUAACAAUA